AUGUCUGCUCAUCUGGCUGCCACUUUCGAGCAGUGCAAGAAGGAGGGCCGUCCCGCCCUCGUUACCUUCGUCACCGCAGGAUUCCCCUCUGUUGAAAAAACCGUGCCCAUUCUCGAGGGCCUCCAGACCGGAGGAGCCGACGUGAUUGAGCUCGGCAUCCCCUUCACCGACCCUGUUGCCGACGGCCCUGCCAUCCAGGCCGCCAACAAUGUGGCUCUUGCCAACGGUGUCACCGUCCACUCGUGUCUGGACCUUGUCAAGCAGGCUCGAGCCAAGGGCGUCCACGUCCCCAUUGUGCUCAUGGGCUACUACAACCCUAUCCACCAUUUUGGUGACGAGAAGUUUGUCAAGGCUGCCCGAGACGCUGGAGCCAACGGUUUCAUUAUCGUCGACCUUCCCCCGGAGGAGGCUGUUGCUUUCAGAGGCCUCUGCACUCGUGAGGGUCUGUCUUACGUCCCUCUGGUCGCCCCCACCACCCCCAACGACCGUCUUGAGGUCCUCGCUUCCAUCACCGACUCUUUCAUGUACGUCGUCUCGCGAAUGGGCGUCACUGGCGCCACCGGCAAGCUGUCUACCGACAUUGACGAGCUCGUGGCUAAGGUCCGAAAGUACACUGGAGGCAAGCCUCUGGCAGUUGGCUUUGGAGUGUCCACCCAGGAGCACUUCAACCAGCUGGCCCCCCUGGCCGACGGUAUUGUCAUUGGAUCCAAGAUCAUUGCCACCAUCGAGGAGUCCAACGGAUCCCCCGAGGCUGUCGCCAAGUACCUGCAGUCUGUGACUGGUGGACGAGCAGCCUCUGCCGCUGUGUCCAACGAAAACAAGUCCGACACUACCCAGGCCGUCAACACCGACGAGGUGCUGCGAAAGUCUGUCUACCCUGCCCGAUUCGGUGUUCACGGAGGCCAGUACGUACCCGAGUCUCUGCACCGAUGUCUGCUGGAGCUCGAGACUUGCGUCGAGGAGGCCUUUGCUGAUGAAUCUUUCUGGGAGGAGUUCCGAUCCUACUUUGCCUACAUGAACCGACCCUCCUCCUUCCAUGAGGCCGAGCGACUCACCGAGCACUGCGGAGGAGCCAAGAUCUGGCUCAAGCGAGAGGACCUCAACCACACCGGUUCUCACAAGAUCAACAAUGCCGUCGGUCAGGUCAUUCUUGCCAAGCGAUUGGGCAAGAAAGAGCUCAUUGCCGAGACCGGAGCCGGCCAGCACGGUGUUGCUACCGCCACUGUUGCCGCCAAGUUCGGCAUGAAGUGCAAGGUCUUUAUGGGUGCUGAGGACGCCCGACGACAGUCUCUCAACGUGUUCCGUAUGCGAAUGCUUGGUGCCGAGGUUGUCAAGGUCGAGGAGGGCUCCAAGACUCUGCGAGACGCCGUCAACGAGGCUCUGCGAUUCUGGGUCACCAACCUCGAGUCAACCCACUACGUCAUUGGUUCUGCCAUUGGCCCUCACCCCUACCCCACUCUGGUGCGAACUCUUCAGUCCGUUAUUGGCCGAGAGACCAAGGAGCAGUUUGCUGCCCUCAACAACGGUGCUCUGCCUGAUGCCGUUGUCGCCUGUGUCGGCGGUGGAUCCAACUCCUCCGGUAUGUUUGCUCCCUUCGAGAACGACAAGUCUGUGCGACUUGUUGGUGUCGAGGCUGGAGGAGACGGUAUUGAUACACCCGCCCACUCUGCUACCCUCACUAAGGGCCAGGUCGGAGUGUUCCAGGGAGUCAAGACCUACGUUCUGCAGAACGCCGAUGGUCAGAUCCAGGACACACACUCUAUCUCCGCUGGUCUGGACUACCCCGGUGUCGGUCCUGAGCUGUCCUACUGGAAGGAUACUGGCCGAGUUGAGUUUGUUGCUGCCUCCGAUGCCGACGCUCUCAACGCCUUCCGACAGCUGACCCAGCUGGAGGGUAUCAUUCCCGCCCUUGAGUCGUCGCACGCCAUCCACGGUGCCAUGGAGCUGGCCAAGAAGCUGCCCAAGGACAAGAACGUGGUCAUCUGUCUCUCUGGACGAGGAGACAAGGACGUGCAGAACGUUGCUGAGCAGCUGCCCAAGCUCGGUCCCAAGAUUGACUGGGACCUGCGAUUUGAGUAA